AUGAUCGACUUGCUCUUCUACUUUCUCCCCUUUUGGCUCUAUCUGUUAUUCUGGUUGACUCGUCUUUAUUGGGAAAGAGUGAGACUCGACAAUUUGCAUGAGAGACCCGUGCUGAUCACCGGGUGUGAUUACGGUUUUGCCUAUGAUGCAGCCAUUGAACUUGCUAAACUUCAAGUUCCCGUUUUUGCUGCUUGUUACACUCAAGAUGGAAUGAGGAAAAUCCAAGCCGAAGCUGAGAAAAUUCAUGGAGCUCGUUUGAUGGCUCUUCCAUUGGAUGUAACUGAUGAUGAGAGUGUGGAAAGAAUGGGACAAAUUGUUGAUAAGGAAUGCAAACGCUAUGGAGGCCUUUGGGCGGUGAUCAACAGUGCUGGAGUGGCUCUGAAUUUGUUCAUUGACGAGUUUCUCACAUGUGAAGACUAUUACAAGACAAUGGACACGAAUCUCUAUGGCCUCAAACGCGUUGUAAAUAGGGUUGCCAAGCUCAUUAAACAGAAGAAAGGCCGAGUGGUUAAUGUAACCUCAAUCCUGGCGAGGUGUCCUGUGGCUGGAAUUGGGCCUUAUGUGAUCUCGAAACAUGCAGCCGGGGCAUACACAGAUGUUAUCAGAAAAGAACUUGCCAUGUUUGGCGUGAAAGUGAUCACAAUUGAGCCGGGAUUCUUUCGAACGAACAUGAGCGAUCUUGAUCGAAUCGCUAAAGAGAAUUGGGGAGUCUGGGAUCGAACAAAAUCUGAGAUAAAAGAUGAAUAUGGAUAUGACUUUGUGAAGACAGCAAUCGACAAUCAAGCACUGAUGAUGAAGAUGGUUAAAUCUGAGACGACUACAAGAGUUGUGCAUGCCUACGUGAAAUCUGUGACCUCAGUCUACGCGCGUCGUCGCUACAAGGUCGGCUUCGACACCUGGUUUUUAUGGCAUCCGAUGAGCCUCUUGCCCACGAAUCUCCAGGACAUCAUCUUCUACUAUAUGUCUCUUGCAAUCGGCGGCCCUCCACCCGCUUCCCUCCUUCCACAUUGUUCUCAUUGUAAACUCAAAGAGAACACAGAUCAAGAAAAUAUCAUU